CUAUUUUUACUUUCAAAGUGAUUUUUUUCGGCGCGGUGGUACCUCGCGUCUGAACCUUUCACCUCUGGCCACAAAAUAGAGAGUGCCUAAGCAAAUCCGAAGAAUGGAACCGCAGGUGAUUGAGUGUAUUCGAAAUAUCGCAGACUAGACGUUGUACACGCUGGUACCAGUUCAUUCAGUCAGUGUGUCGGUAGUACCCGCCUCAUUCUACUCAGAUACUGGCUAUCCUGUUACACAUUUCGUGCUCUUGCUAUGCUUGCUGUGGUUACUAAGUACUGACAAAAGCUAACCGAACAUCCAAUGAAGAUGCCCGAAAACUCCCCAAUAACAGGCAGCAUAAGCGACAGGAACCAUCCUGAAAGCAGCAAACAGCGCAACAUCCAAGUCACUGCUAAGGUCCUCUUCGGCUCCGUGCAUGCCAUCAGCAGGCUGAAGCAGGAGGAGAAGGCGGCCAAGGAGAAUAAACGAAUUUAAAAAUUGCGCUAUGGACGAUGAUAAUCACGGACGUUUUACUGACGACGACAUUACCACACGACCAAUGGACUAACGACGACCCACAUAACUUGACCAAAAGGAAAGAAAGCGACUAUUUCGACAAGAACGACGCAAAUAAGGAAAACGAAAGCGAUGAUAAUGGCAAGAGUGAAAGCUACAACAAAAUUGAUAAGCGGGAGCUGGACGAUGCGGUCGACUACGGGAUCAGGGCCAUGCAGGAACUUAUCGAGGUCAAAGAACCGAAAUGGUACAAAAUGGGCUUGUACUUGGACGCGAAAGAGCCGGCUCACUACGUUGCGAACUUCGGCGCCCCCAUCAAAAAAGCCAUCGAGCUGUCGAACUUCGGUUACGCCUCCCUGGAAGCCACCAAACGACUUGCAGAAACUUAUCCGGAAAAUGUGAGUCGACAAGCCGCCGGCAGCUUCGACACGAGACUCCGGGAGGAUGUGUGUCCGCUAAGGGGCACCCCCAGGUGUCCCGCAGCCUCCCGACGGUACCGAACAGCCGAUGGUACCUGCAACAACUUCAACAAGCCAUGGAGGGGCUCCUCGCUCCUGCCCAUGCAGAGGUUCCUGCAACCGGUCUACGAGGACGGCAUCCAAGAGCCUCGCCGAUCAAUCUUCGGGCACAAGCUGCCGUCAGCGAGGGAAAUCAGCACCAGAAUCCACCGCGACAAGAAUUUUGAAGUACCAACGGUCAGCCUCAUGUUCAUGCAAUGGGGGCAACUGAUCGACCACGACCUGGUCUCCACUGUCAAGUCGCGCAGCUUCAACGGCACGGUCCCCAGGUGCUGCCGCCGCGGCGGACAGGCCCUUCUUCCGCCGGAGCUCACGCAUCCAAGCUGCCUCCCGAUCGAAGUCUCCCCCGACGACUGGUUCCUCUCCUCCUUCGGCCUCCGCUGCAUCGAAUUCAUCCGAAGUGCCCCUUCGACCCGCAUCGACUGUGACCUAGGUUGGCGUGAGCAAAUCAACCAAGUCACUUCAUAUCUCGAUGCGUCCCCAAUUUACGGCAGCGACAUCGAAACAUCCGACUCAAUGCGAGUUUUCCGCAAGGGGAAGCUCCAUUACGGGCGUCCCCAAGGGCGCGAACCCCUCCAACCGCCUGAUCCCCCAGGUGGGGAACUUUGCCGAUCAGGAGCCGUCACUACAGACUGCUUCCAAGGGGGUGACGGCCGUUUUAGCGAACAGCCAGGUCUUACGGCACUCCACACUGUAUUCGUGAGGUACCAUAACCGCCUGGCAACGGUUUUGGGGCAAGUUAACCGGCACUGGAGCGACGAGAAGGUGUACCAAGAGACGAGAAGAAUCGUCGUUGCGAUUAUGCAACAUGUGACCUAUCGGGAGUUCCUCCCGAUUGUUCUAGGACCGGAAGUUAUCGAUUUGUUUGAGCUGAAGUUGGAGCGGAAAGGGUACUACUCCGGUUAUGACGAUCGGGUGAAUCCGGAGGUUGCAAAUGCCUUUGGGAGUGCGGCUUUCCGGUUUGGGCACAGUAUGGUACAAAAUUCUUUCGUCAGGUUUGAUACCAAGCACCGGCCACUCUUUAACAAUGUGACCCUUCAUGAGGAGCAAGAAAACGUGGAGAAUAUCUGGAGUUUGGGGUCUUUGGACCGGCUUUUGCUGGGCUUUUGCAACCAACCGUCGCAAAGACGCGACGAAUUCAUUUGUGACGAACUCACUAACCAUUUGUUCCAAUCCCGGGGGUUCCCCUUCGGGAUGGACCUCGCUGCUAUUAAUGUUCAAAGGGGGCGCGACCAUGGCCUCCCCCCGUACACCUCCUGGCGCGAGCCUUGCGGUUUAAGCCCUAUCAAGUCAUGGAAAGACUUGGAAAAAAUCAUGAACCCGGACACAGUCCACCGAUUCGAAAGUCUCUACGAGGAUAUCAACGAUAUCGACCUAUUUUCGGGGGGUUUGGCCGAGAAACCCGUGCGUGGGGGCAUCAUAGGCCCCACUUUUGCCUGUAUCAUAGCCCAACAGUUCCUAAAUUUGCGGAAAGGUGACCGGUUUUGGUACGAAAACGGCGGAUUUGAGUCGAGCUUCACUCCUGCGCAACUGCAACAAAUCCGCCACGUGACCCUUGCGCAUGUCCUUUGCCAGACUUUGACGGAGAUUGAAACGAUCCAACCUUUUGUUUUUCUGACUGUUGAUGGCUUUCGCAACUCUCGAUUGUCCUGCGACGAUCCUGUCAUUGACAACUUCGAUCUUUCGCCGUGGGUUGAAGAGGACUUGAAUGAAGUUCGGAGAGAGGGGAGGAAGAGACGGAAGUUGAAACGUACUACUACUAAAAAACCCAAAGUUGCGACUCCCGUCAAAGUUAAGGUUUACAACACGACGACUCACACGGUUAAAGUACAAACGAAACAGACUUACACUGACAGUUACGGCAACGUACCAGAUAACAUACCACAAAGACCGACUUUUGACAGUUACAAUGACCGACGCACGACUAGACCUGACGUGACUUACCUAUUUGGGGUUGUAUCCGAGUCCACAACCCCUAUUCCAACUCCCAAACCGUUCCAAGUCAAUAUCAAAAUUCAGUACUACCCUCCGACGACUCCCCAACCGACCAGACGAACGCGACGCCCGUACGACUCGACGACCAAACAGAAUUUUUACAGUGACGACUACUCGGUCUAUAGACCGCAAAACUACUACCAAAGCAAAUACGAAGACCAGCCUUUCACGUCCUCAAAACGCCCCUACAUUUACUCAAACAACUACGUUUAUUCAAAACGGCGACCGCAAGACGAUGCUUUCGACAGACUUUACAGCGACGUCUACUCGACUCCUAAUUUUGAAGACCAAGACGAUUUGCCACGUCCUUUCAGCCACGUGGAAAAAUUUUCGACCAACUACGAACACGACAAACUGGACUUCUACACCCCCAAAAAGCAAUCCAGUGGUACCAAAUUCGUGAAAAUCUCAAGCGUGAAGGGCCAGGAGUAUCUAGACCCGAGCGGAGCCACCGUUCAAUUACACGUUUCGCAACGUGAAGGCGACUUAGAACUUGACGAAGGUGGUACCACUGACGAUGUGAGACUGGUAGACCUGGAGGUACUACCCGGAGACUCAAAAUGGCUAGUUUACAACGCCACGGAAGAGGAACCAGACGUGAUGGUACUUCCCGAUGUCAAUCUCAACGUUUCCUGCUCGAGCGAACUUCCUAGACCUUUCCUUAGACGCAACUUGACAGUACCUGAGACUUGACCUGACCUGACUUAGUUUUAAUUUAUUCUAAUGUUUCGAAAAUUUUCGACUGGAUUCUUAAAAGUACCGGCUAAAAUACUGCCACCAUGGGUGAUAUGUCUUAUUUAUUAAUUUUUGUAUUUAUUGUUUUGGUGUAAUAAAGCUAUUUUAUUAA